AUGGUCAAAAGAUUGGUCUUGGAAGAUAAGAGGCCAAAGCAAAUAAACUGCCUAUAAAAGUUUUUAGACAGACAUAAUUAUCCUAUGUCUCCCAUUCACAGUCUUCCAGGUCCAGAUCAGGCUGAAGUGGGUAAAAUAUUUUAUGUGAGAAUUCAAUAUAUUAGAUAGUCAGAUACCACAUCAAUUUUCCUCCUUAUUUUAUCCAAAAUUUAGAUAAAUCAGAAUUUUUCAAACUAUUGA